GUGUCCUGGUGUUUAUGACUGUGGGAAGUUAAAGCGGAGCAGCAUUCAGAGCAUCUGGAGGUGUGAUCACACUCUGAGACACAAUGAUGUCUCAGUAAGUGUUUUUAAAGUCAGCCACAGCAGCUUCGCACACAUCAGACUUCACUGAUCUGGACUCAGCAUCAGGUCUCAUCAGGACUCAGCAUCAGGACUCAUCAGGACUCAUCAGGACUCAGCAUCAGGACUCUCUCCUCAUCGUCAACAGCAUCAGCUUUCUGAAGCUCUACAAUGCUCUCCUCCUCCCCUCUCUUCCUCCUCCUCCUCCUCUUCCUCCCUUGGUCUCUGGGUUGCCAGACCAGCUCCUUCACGGAGUGUCAGCAGGCCCCGUUUGUACCGGGUCACAACCUGGCCGGUGAAGGUUUCGAUGUGGUGAAGAUGCAGACCAGUGGAGCCAGCGUGGUCGACGUCAAGAACUUCAUGGUCGGAGGAGUCCGGGGGAACUGCACCGUGUGCCGCAACCACCUCCUCAACCAGACCCAGAAACUCCCAGUGUCGGUCCUGGACUGGCAGAUCAAGGUGCACUGCCGGCGCAGUCUGAGCAGUAAGAUCUUCGAGUCCAGCCAGUCGGUCAUGAAAGACACGAGUUCAUCUCUCGGAUUGAGCUGGAAGAGGGGCCUUGGUGUCACUGGACUCGGCGGGUUUGCAGUCGGAGGAUCACACUCCUUCUCAUCAAAGUUUGCGGAGAGCCGCAGCAGGAAAGACAAGUUCUCCUACACCACCCACGACUUCCAAUGCAAAUACUACACCUUCCGUCUUCACUCCCGCCCUCCACUGAGUAAGGAGUUUGAGGUUUCCCUGAAGAACCUUCCCUCCACCUACGACCACAAGAACACUUUGGCUUUCCAACAGUUCAUCUCCGUCUAUGGGACCCACUUCAUCCGCAGGGUUCAACUUGGUGGUCGAGUCCACUCCAUCACCGCCAUCCGGACCUGCGAGGCCGCCAUGAGCAAGUUGUCCAUCCACACUAUUAGCAACUGCCUGUCUGUCGAGGCCAGCGUGACCAUCAAAGGCAUCGACGUCAGUGCAGCCUCCAGCUUCUGCCAUGCCAAGAGCAAGAGCCUAAAAACUGGAUCAACCUUCAGCCAGGCCUUCUCCGACCGGACCACCGACGUUCUGGGAGGGGACGGAGAUGUUGGGGACCUCCUGUUCACCCCCAGUGGUGUCGCAGGGUACAAGAAGUGGCUCAGUUCCCUGAGGAGGGUCCCAGGUUUGGUGUCCUACCAGAUCAGCCCCCUGCACUUCCUGGUGAAAGACAACCCCGUCCUGAAGUCCAGCCUACGUGACGCCAUCAGCGACUACAUCCGCAAAAGUGCCAAGCCGCUCCGGUGCCCGGCCAGCUGCAAGAUCGGCAGCCAGAACCAGAACUGUGCAUGUCAGUGUAGAGGACACCGCAUGGUCAACUCCAACUGCUGCCCUACCGAGAUCGGCGUGGCCCGGAUGAACGUGACGGUGGUCCGAGCCGAAGGGCUGUGGGGAGACAAUUUCUCCAAGACAGACGGAUACGUUAAGGUUUUCUACGGUAAUCAAGGAGCCACAACACCAGUGAUCUGGAACAACGACUUCCCCUCCUGGAACUACCUCAUUCGCUUUGAAACCGUCAACCUACGGCACAGAAAGCAAGUCCGUUUCGAGGUUUGGGACCGGGACAACCGCUGGGACGACGACCUGCUGGGGCGGGUGAACCUCAUCCCCACGACGGGCCACAACACCAAGAAGUUCAGGCUGAAACACGGCUCCCUUUUCGUCCAGCUGUCUGCAGAGUGCGCUCCCAGCCUGCAGGGGUCACUGUGUGAGCAGUACCUUGCUUCGCCAAGCCACGAGGGCAUGAUGGGCUACAUGAAGGAGGACCGGGAGGACCACUGGGGUUCAGGGAGGUCGGGUCCUGAGGCUGAUGGGGCUCACGGCAGCUCCUUUCUUUGAAUUUCCUUUAAUUAUAUCACUGCUGUGCUGUUUUAGAUUAGACGUAUUUGCUGUUCUAGUUGUUUGAGGAGCAAAGAAAAGUUGUUAGCUAUGCCAGUACUUCUUCAUGCUUGUUGCAAUUAAAGUGUUUUAUUUUUCGUUGUAAACACACACACACACACACCAGUAAAACAUUUGUAAAGAUUGUCUAAGGAGAUAUAAUCACCACAUCGGUCGGCCCGACUCUUAGAGCUUCAGCAGGUUGAAGUUAGACGUUGAUCUUUGUAGAAUUUGUUUCUUUGUUGUAAACUCAAGUCAAGGCCUCAGUAUACUUCAAAUAAAACUAGUCUGCAUGUAAUCCAACCACAUCUAAGGUCAAAAGUGUGAGUCACUGGCCACAUCUCCACGCUGGAAGACCGGGUGAAAAGCCUGCUGUCAUAGAGAGGAGCGAGACUCGGUGAAUUGUACAAAUGUGGUUAACAGAGCACAUUUUCAGACAGUCUCUCCUGGAAGACCUUCGUGAUGUUGCACUCAGUUUUUCACAUUCCUGUCAAUAACAUUACUGUGUGCAGGAAUAAAACGCUGAAACAU